GCGACGCGGGCGUCGAGCCGGCGGACUUCGUGGCCCUCAUCUUCCCUGUCGAUGGGGUGCCAAUGCUGAAAUGUCCAUCGCUGGCACGAAGUGGGUGAGUCAGCCAUUCCAAAGGCCCGCGCUGCUGACCCGCGACUGGUGGGGCUGCUUCUGCGCGCCGGCCCAGGGGCAGCAUCAUGUCGAGAUCGCGGAGGGCUCCACCACGUGGUUCUUGCCCGCACAUGUGCGGAGGCUGGCCGCUCAAGACUUCAUCAUCCGGGACGGGGACACGGAGAUGGCGGCGGUCACCGCCAACCCGUACGCGUUCAAAGCGGGGGAGCGGUGCUUGCCAGAGCACUUCCUUGGGCAGGCCGACGGUACCCUCCAGAACGCUUCCAUGGGGACAGUGCGAAGUGAAGCGCACGUAUCUUGCAUCUCGGACCCGCCCCAGGAGUUCCUCACCAUCCGAUGGGACGACAGUCACGUUGCGCGCAUCCGCCGUAAAGGGCGGACAGUGGCGCACGUUGCGAGGGACCAGUCCCAGUAUGCCAACGACACCUGGAACGUGUUUCAUGGCGAAUGCAGGACGGGGGGGUAUGCUGAGUUGGCGGCAUUUGCAGUCACACGGCAGAUGUGCGAUAAUAUCAGGCCGUUCAACGUGGCGAGGAGGGGAGGAGACGAGAAUCACACCGACUUGGUUGCCGAGACGUUCCGGUUGGGAUCCCACAACGACUUCAUGGAGUACGAGGUGAGGGUCAACAACGGCUGCGACAUUGCGCUUGUGCUCGCGGCGCUCGUGGCCAAGGAGCGUCAUCCGGCAGGCCGCAGCAGGGUGUCAGGGGGCGAUGGUAUCGGCUGGGUCGGGCGAGGGUCGCUCGCGGGCCGAGUGCAGCGGGACGGUCGCGCGAAGGACAGCGACAUGGACCGCACCACGAUGGAGGGCAUGCACCGUGCCGUCAGAGAGGUCAUCAACACCACCCGCUCCUGCGAGUGCGGGACGCUGCUGUGCCCGCCAGGGCGAAACUCAAACUCGGCGUACUUGAAGGGCAACCCGGAGGUGCGAGCAGGUUCCUCGAGAUCGAAUGGCUAUAGGCCGCCACAGGACUCGGGCCGGUUCAACCAGGCGGACGAGUUCGACGACUACGGGGAGGACGACAGAAGCAGGAUGAGGAACCCACGAGCCGACGACCCUGAAGAGGACCGCUACCACCGAGACCUCGCCGCGCAGCCGCGCGGCGGCCUCCGCCGCGGCCCUCCCCCGCGCGGCGGGCGGGGGCAGGCCCUGCCCUCGCCGCGCAACCCCCGGGCGGUGCGGCGGGCGGGCUCGUUCCAGGACGCCGAGCCGCUCUCGCGCGAUUUCGCCCUCGAGGGCGGGGCCAGCUCGUCGUCCGCGUCGAGGCGCGGCGGUGCCCAGGGCGGCGCGCCGGGGCAGGUGAAGGAUGCCGAGGUCGGCACCUGCCCUGUGGGCCACGUGUUGAAGCCUAUCAAGGCCAAGCUGGACGGCUACAUGUGCGACGUGUGCUUGAAGGAAUUCAAGCGCGGCGCCUCGCUGUACCACUGCGAGCCGUGCUCCUACGACAAGUGUGAGGACUGCCAUUCCUCCGCCAUCCGGAACAAUCGCCAGCAGCAGGUCUCGUACGAAGUCAGCGAUCUGCGCGGGAACCCGUCGGGAAAGGUGGGUACCUGCCCGCUGGGGCACCACCUGAAGCCCUUCGUCACAGACAUCAGCGGCUACCAGUGCAGCCACUGCAACAGGGAGUCCAUGCGGGGGAACAAGAUAUACCAGUGCGCGAGCUGCUCCUACGACAUGUGCGAGUCGUGCUACUUCCAUGGCAUCCAGCAGAUCUCCCUCACGAGGCCGAAGGCUACGAACUCCGUCACCUGCGGGGACUCGGAGCUCCCGAUCGUGGAGCUGAGGACGGGCGUGCAGCACUACCUCGACCGGCUCUACUGCCUCCGCGGCGUCCCCUCCGCCCUCCACGGCGCGCAGCUGGUGAAGACCCCGUGGCAAGCGGGAGGCAUGGACUUCCGCAUCAUGGUGGGCGACUGCACGGUCUGCGUGCUGCUUGCGCACGGGGCCAAGAGCGAUUACCCUUCCGGCGCGGACGAGCUGGAGAGCCAGCUCCGGAGGCUAAGUUUCUCGAAGGUGGUGCUCCACGAAAUGAGGACCGACUCCUUCCCGGGCUCGGGCGUCGACCUGUGGAGGCGCCCCGUGGAUUCCCGCAUCGUCCUGUCCAUCCGGACGAACUCCGACAUCGAAUUCAAUAUCUGCUUCAUCGACAGCGAGAUGGACGAUCAAGCCAUGGUGCGACUGCGAGACAACAGCGGCAUGUACGGAAAUCCCCAGGCCAGGUGCCAGGGCACGUCCAGGAGCGCUACCUGGAGCGGCUAG